AUGGCCGAUUCAGAUUUCCAUGUUCUCAUUGUUGGAGCUGGAGCAACCGGUCUCUUGAUUGCCCAGGGACUGAAAAAGGCCGGAAUUCGAGCUACAAUCUACGAACGUUACUCAAGGGAAGAGUACGAAGAACGCGCUGGAAAAUGGACCGUAGCCCUACACUGGUCAAUUCCCUUUAUCGAAGCCUGUGUUCCACUAGAAAUCUCAGCAAAACUCAAGUCCACUGAAACCCAUCCUUGGACGGAUAAUGACUCUACCGAAGCCGCAUACAUUCCGCUCGUUAACGGGCUCACUGGCGAUCUCAUGGCUAAAAUGCCUAUGCCUAGCGGGCGGCGAGUUUCGCGAGGCAAGCUUCGAAACUUGCUUUCCACGGGUAUUGACAUUCACUUCGGAAUGAAACUGUCAGAAGUCCGUUCAGAGUCUGCUGCCGGAGAGAAACCUGCUGUGACGGUUUUAUUUAAUGGAGGCAGUGUCGUGGCCAAGGGGAGUGUCAUUGUAGGCGCUGAUGGAGCAAGAAGUGUAGUCCGAAAUUACCUCGUGGGGAAGGAAGCUGGGGAGUUACAAGCAGCCGAGAGUUUGUCAUUAAAUGUUUUUGCGACUUUUACAGCAGAGCAAGCAUUGUUUAUCCGCAACAACAGUCAUUUAAUCGGACAGGCAUGUCUACUGGAAAAGUACCAAAUUGAAUUUUAUACUAACCGUUUAUCAGUGGCCGAUGUCGUGGAUCCGGAAAAGCCAGAGACAUGGGUUUUUCAAUAUUCCUUCUCGAAUCUCACCAAAGAUGACCCGCCAGCCGAUGAAGAAGAGCAAAGAAAACUCUUCAAAACCUAUAUGGCAACCUAUUGCGAGCCUUAUAAAUCGAUAGGCUUGUGGGUGACUGAUGACACUCCGAUCAGUGCAGAAAGGUUUAACUUUUGGGGAAAUAUAGUCCCCUGGGACAACAGGGAUGGGAAAAUAACCAUCGCUGGCGAUGCAGCACAUCCUAUGCUUCCUUUCCGUGCUCAAGGCCUUAACAAUGCUGCAGAAGAUGCAAAGUUGUAUGUCGACGCUAUCAAGGGUGUUGUCUACGACAACAAAGACUUGAAGUCAACUAUCGAUGCGUACGACGAGUCGAGCUACACCCGUGGAAAGACCGAUAUUAUCUCUUCACAUGAGCAAAUGAAGGCAUAUCACAACUGGGAUAUCGUAAUGAAUGGUCCUCUGAUGAAGAGCGGAGGUUAUGGAAAGCCCCGUUAA